CGUUCACAGGCAAGAUGGCGCUGAUUUUGAGCAAUGGAUAUCUGGAGAUUACAAGCACAUAUGAACAUUCCUGUUCUUAAUCAAAUGAAUAGGUCCUUUAACGUUACCCGUAUGUCGACAAAUCUAAAUUUGUCGAAUUAUUCGUGCAGUGUAUUAUCUCUGAAAUAGAGCAAGCUAAAUUUGCACAUUAGCUAACCAUUACAUCUCAUAAACUUGAUGAGUGUUGAAAUCAAAAGGCAAAACAGCAGCUUUCAUUAAUGCGUCUCGUCUGUAUAAAAUUGGUCGCAAUUGAAUGUAUUGAGCAUAACCUUGGUGUGUAAGUAAUUUAUAGCCAGUGAGUAGUUACACAACAAGCGUGUAUUUCAGAGAUUAAUGAAUAGGAUCAAUCUCCCUCUGAGGGGAAAAAAAACUAAUUGAAGAGCUGUCGUUCAGGACUUCUGUGUCCUGCCCUAGCACGUCAUCAAAGUUCUCAGAGCAUCAAAUUACCAUCAAGUUAUGUACCACAGACGUCCUUAUCCAGACCCUUGUGGCCAGAAAUGUCCCACAUCAGCCGUGAAGAAGAGGAGAGGCAGCACAAAGUGGUUCUAGAAAAUGUGAACACUCUUCUUGCAAAGGAAGACUAUGGAAGACUUUUUGCAGUUGUCCAUUUUGCAAGUCGACAAUGGAAAGUGACAAAUGAGGACCUGAUCUUCAUUGAAAACCACAUUGAUGCUGAAUGUGGUGACCAGAUUAGACUUGAGAAGGUGCUGCUGGUUGGUGGAGAAGAGUUCACACUGAUUGGGAGGCCCCUACUCGGUCGUGAUUUGGUCAGAGUAGAGGCAACUGUCAUUGAGAAGACUGAAUCCUGGCCCAAAGUUCACAUGCGGUUCUGGAAAAGACACAGAUACCAGAAGAAAAUAAUUAUUGAGCAACCACAGACAGUGCUUCGGAUCAACACAAUUGAAGUUGCUCCCAGAUUGACAUGAUGCUAUAUGCUUUGAAUUGUAAAUAAACUUUUGGUCAGUGAAUGUGCCACUGAAAUUGAGAACACGUGCUCAGUAUGAAAAUAUAAUGGGAAAACUUAUUUAUACACAACAUUUGGUAACUUUAAAGUUAAUCUUUGUAAAUGUACCUUUUUUUAUGUAAGAAGAUGUGCUUAUAUUGUACAUCUACAACAAUCUGUGAUAGGUCAAUUAUUUUUGAAUCUGUUAUGAAAUUGGUGAAAUUCAGGCACAGUUUCUCGCCUAUAUGACAAAUAGCCAUAUGAUAUGUUGCGGAGUUGAGAAACCUAGUUUGAAGACAGAAAAGAAGGAAAACUUGAGGUAUUCCAGCCUGGUCUCAUAGACUAGACAUAACAUAGUAAACAAAAAUCCGAGACACAACGUUUUCACACUUGGUCCCUUUCAGACAAUUUUUGUGAACUCUGGUUUGCUUCAUUUUUUUUGUGCAGUGUGAACACUCCAAAAGAACUCAGACCCCUCAAAAGAGCCCCCGAAGCGAUCCGAACUGAGACCAUCUCGAGAGGUGGUCUGACUUCGCUUUGCUUGAAUAUGGGGUCUGGUUCCCUUUUUUAGGACAAUGUGAACACCAAGCUCUCCAAGUUCGCUUGUCAUUAUUCCCGCACCACACACUAGACUACUGCAACACUAUUUCCCCUGCCAUAAACCCUCACGUUGGUGAGAGUUUAUGAGGAUGUGUAUGUUCGUGGGAAAAACUGCUGUUUUUGGAUAUUGACUAGCAAUUGUCAAGGACUUUAAUUUUUGUUGAUAGGUUUUUUUGCUAUAUGUGAUCUAUAGGCUAAGAGAGCUUCAUAAGCUGUUUAUUGAUUGUGGAGUUUGAAUAGUGUGAGAUGACAACAUAUUUGGUGAAAAUCACACCAUAGGGUAGGCAAUCUAUUCUAGCUCUUAAAGGGGCAGUAGCCCACCUUGUGUGUACAAUUUUCAAUGACAGCAUUAUUUAUUCUGCAGUUACUCUAUUGCUAUGUAUUAUGUUACCAAUCAAAUGUACCUUUAACUAAAUGCAAUCUAUUAGCUUCUAAAAUGUAAGUAGGUAUAUCUAGCUGUCCAGUAACACAUUUGGAUUAAAUGGCUUGUCCUGCACUUUGUAAAAACCCAGA